AUGUUCAAUCGUAAAGACAUGCCAUCCAUUCCCAAUCCCUUUGGGUCUAGGCAAGAUCCCGGACGGCCAUCGCCGCAGGGCUAUUCGAACCCCAACCAGGGACCGCCACGGUAUGACAAUAGCCCCGCUCACAUGCCUAGCGCAGGGCAUUCCCCCGAUUCCGAUGUGCUUAUGACUAAUGAUGGUGUACAAUUAAGAGGAUAUGGUACUCCGCAGCAGCAGCCGGGACGUCCGUCACAGCCCAUGCCGAGUCGCCCAUCUGGAGGGCAAGGACAGACAUGGACGCUCCAUCCCAGCAAGAGUCCCAAUGACAACUACACCUUUGGCAAUCUUGUCGCUGUCUCCCCACAAGAUAUCCCCCCGUCUCGCGAUGGCACUGACGUCCUUCUCCUCAUCAAUGACCUAUAUGUGUUCUCGGCCCGCCCUCUCGAUGGGUUUCCCCCCGGGCUGAUCAGCAUGUCGGACCCCCAACGUACAUGGGCAAACAUUGGACUCAGAGAUGCCAUCAAAGUGCAACUUUAUGACCCGUUCAGCGAUGGUGGCCAAGCUUAUCUGGGAUCUGCGGAUAUUGAGGUUAGCUUUGCCUCCGUUAAGAAGCGCGUGGAGGCGCCAUAUGAUCAGGAUGUUCUGUCGAGUGCUGUGAUCAAGAAUUUUGAAAACCAAUUGCUCGCCCCUGGCCAGCGAAUCUUAAUGGACCACAAAAGCAUCCCGCUUCUGUUGCAAGUUAAAACUGUUCAGCGAGUAGAUCUGACCGCUGAAAAGGCCGACCUUUCGUCUGGACAAGUUGAGACCGCUCCUACUGCUCGAGGAAUAAUCACCCGGCAUACCCAGCUCAAUUUCUUCAAGGAUUCCCAGACUGGUAUCAACGUCAAGGCUUCAAAUCAUCGUCCUGCUGCUAACUCGAUCAUCCAACCUGGAUUUAAAUUCGAGGAUAUGGGCAUUGGUGGUCUUGACUCUGAAUUCAGUACUAUCUUCCGUCGUGCCUUUGCCUCUCGUAUUUUCCCGCCUGGUCUUGUUGAGAAGCUCGGCAUCCAUCACGUCAAGGGUCUUUUGCUAUAUGGACCCCCUGGUACUGGUAAGACCUUGAUUGCGCGACAAAUUGGAAAAAUGCUCAAUGCCAGAGAGCCGAAGAUUAUCAACGGUCCGGAGGUACUGAAUAAGUAUGUUGGUCAAUCCGAGGAGAACAUCCGAAAGAUGUUCGCAGAUGCCGAAAAGGAGUACAAAGAAAAGGGCGAUGAAAGUGGUCUUCACAUUAUUAUUUUCGACGAGUUAGAUGCCGUUUGCAAGCAGCGUGGAAGCGGUGCAGGUGGUGGCACCGGUGUGGGCGACAGCGUUGUCAACCAGCUUCUAUCAAAGCUUGACGGUGUCGACGAGCUCAACAACAUCCUAUUGAUUGGUAUGACCAAUCGUAUGGAUAUGAUUGAUGAGGCUUUGCUGCGUCCUGGUCGUUUGGAGGUUCACAUGGAAAUCUCGCUUCCCGAUGAGACGGGCCGAAGCCAAAUUCUCAAGAUUCACACCGAGAAGAUGCGUACUAACAAUGUAAUGGACACCGACGUUGACCUGGCGGAGCUCGCAGGUCUGACGAAGAACUUUUCGGGUGCCGAGAUCGCCGGUCUCGUCAAAUCAGCUUCGUCCUUUGCUUUCUCUCGUCAUGUCAAGGUUGGCACAAUGGCUAGCAUCACCGAUGAUGUGGUGAACAUGAAGGUCAACCGAUCUGACUUCCAUCAUGCAUUGGAUGAAGUUAAACCAGCUUUCGGUGUCUCAGAGGAGGAGCUUUCUAGUCGUAUCCAAUACGGCAUACUCAACUACUCUGAGGCCAUUGAUGAAAUUCUCAGGGAAGGUCAAUUAUUUGUCAAGCAGGUCGGUCAAGCCCAGUCCACGCCUCUCUUCUCGGUGUUGCUUCACGGACCUACUGCAAGUGGAAAGACUGCUUUGGCAGCACGCAUCGCAAUUGACUCCGGCUUCCCCUUCAUCAAACUGAUCAGUCCCGAGGAUAUGGUCGGAUUCAGCGAGGCUGCCAAGAUUCAGCACAUCAGCCGAAUCUUCGAUGCGGCCUACAAGUCAGCAACCAGUAUCGUUGUCGUUGAUAAUAUCGAGCGUAUCAUUGACUGGGUUCCAAUCGGCCCUCGUUUUAGCAACAGUGUUCUGCAGGCUCUCAUGGUUUUCCUGCGGAAACAACCCACUCAUGGGCGCCGCUUGUUGGUACUGGCUACAACUACUGAGCGGGCUCUUAUGAAGCAGCUGGAUAUCUACAACUCGUUCAACUCAGACAUCAUGGUGCCCAACGUACAGUCCUUCGGCGAACUGCGGUUCGUCAUGGAGAAAUCUGGCGCCUUUGAUGCUCAGGAGAUUGCACGGGCUCUGGAAGGGAUCGGUGGCCUGGCAGAUGAUGGCCGUCUUAGCGUGGGUAUCAAGAAGGUCCUCUUGGGUAUCGAAACUGCCAAGCAGGACGUCGAUAAGGUCGGCCGCUUUAUUCGCGUGAUCAAUCGGGCUAUCGAGGAUGAACGGACCUUCACUUGA